GCUGUUGCAGUGAUCACCGCUCCGCUGCUGGCGUUACCAGUCCGACAGAGAAAGAACUAGGAAACAGGGGCCGCACAAUUAACUAUAGUACAAACAAGGGGAGGCGACGAACAAGGAAAACAAAGCAGUUUUUGUUCCAAGGAGCCCCUGAGUUGCAUUUGCUGUCUUGACAAAUCGGGGGGAAUUAUUGAAAACGCCGUUUACAAGGUGGACAGUCCGCUGCCUGGUUGCUCGUGGUAACUCUCCGCCAUGCCUUUCCCCUUUGGCAAGUCCCACAAGUCGCCGGCGGACAUCGUCAAGAACCUUAAGGACAGCAUGACAGUGCUUGAGAAACAUGACAUCUCUGACAAAAAGGCAGAGAAGGCCACAGAGGAGGUGUCAAAGAGCCUGGUGGCCAUGAAGGAGAUCCUAUAUGGGACUAAUGAGAAAGAGCCCCAGACAGAGGCAGUGGCCCAGCUAGCCCAGGAGCUCUACAACAGCGGCUUACUUAGCACCCUGAUAGCAGACCUGCAGCUCAUCGACUUUGAGGGUAAGAAAGAUGUGGCUCAGAUCUUCAACAACAUCCUAAGGCGUCAGAUUGGCACUCGGACACCCACAGUGGAGUACCUCUGCACCCAGCAGAAUAUCCUCUUUAUGUUGCUUAAAGGGUAUGAGUCUCCAGAGAUUGCCCUAAACUGCGGUAUCAUGUUGAGGGAGUGCAUCAGACAUGAACCACUGGCCAAAAUCACACUGUGGUCAGAGCAGUUCUAUGACUUCUUCAGAUAUGUGGAGAUGUCCACGUUCGACAUCGCCUCAGACGCAUUUGCCACUUUCAAAGACCUCCUCACAAGACACAAGCUACUGAGUGCAGAGUUUCUGGAGCAACAUUAUGACAGAUUCUUUAGUGAAUAUGAGAAGUUACUCCACUCAGAAAACUACGUGACUAAAAGGCAGUCCCUCAAGUUACUGGGGGAGUUGCUUCUUGACCGGCACAAUUUCACCAUAAUGACGAAAUACAUCAGCAAGCCAGAGAAUCUCAAACUAAUGAUGAAUCUGCUACGGGACAAAAGCCGCAACAUCCAGUUUGAGGCUUUCCAUGUUUUUAAGGUGUUUGUGGCCAACCCCAACAAGACUCAGCCCAUCCUGGACAUCCUGCUGAAGAACCAGACGAAACUCAUCGAGUUUCUCAGCAAGUUCCAGAACGACAGAACAGAGGACGAACAGUUCAAUGAUGAAAAGACUUACCUGGUCAAACAGAUCAGGGACCUCAAGAGGCCUGCCCCGCAGGAAGCCUGAGGGAAGAGCAGAGGUGGGGGGAGGAGCCACCAGGACCAUGUCUGGAACACAUCCAGACAACGUCUGCUUAACGGAACCAUCAGCAGCUGCUGUUCUGGUUUCUGAACAAAAAUCGAGGAAACAAAUGAAAAACCAACGAAAUACAAACGUACCCAUAUCAACUCAUCAGGAAGUCGCCAGCUCCUCUGCUCCUCAGAGAACAUUUGAUUAUUUUUUUUCUUUUUCAGUCUUUUUCCUUCAAAAGAAAUAAGAGAAAAUAAUAGAUGCUGCUGCUUUCUUGCACAUUGAGACAUGUAAAGUAUAUUAUAAUGACACAACAGUCCAUCAAACAUAGUGACAGAAAAUGUCCGUGCAUUUAAAGUAAGGCAGACUUCCUGAUCGACACCAAGGAUCAAAAAUAGACACAAGUUUACACGCAUAUAUGUAUUACAUUAAAAAAAAAAAACAUG